GGAUGGAGGGAUGGAGGGAUGGGUGGCGUGUCGACAUACACGCUGCUGGGGGGCCCGAUGCGGAAGAUUCUCCAGAUUUUGACUACCGUGUUGACGGCCCAGGCUAUCACGGCGGGUCCACCCUCAUAGGGCGCUCGCGGCGGCAUGAUUCCUCAUAGGGUUUCUUGCCUAUACCGGUCUCUAUCGUUCGCCGACGCUGCAAACAACCUGCGUGGACGGGUAAAGUCAUGACAAACACAUAGGGGAGGGAGGGAGGAUGGGUGGACAGACAGAUUUUGUCCGUCUGUCUGUCUGUCUGUCUGCCUGUCUGUAUGCCUGACACACUCUGUCAUUCAUUUGUUACCGAAGCCGCCGCCUCUGACAGUGAUGUUCCUUCCGGGCACGUCUCUCAUCCACUCAUCACCGUGGUAAGGGGAAACGCCGGUCUGCGUCCCCCAGUACUGGGCUGUGAUCGUGACCCUCCCUGACGAACCAACAAACGAAGCAAGGAACAGACAAUGAACGCAGAAAUUGCAGAACGCUGCGCUUACCUGCGCUGUGAGAAAGGGUGAAUAGUUUCUCCUGGUCCUCCUGCAAGGAAAACACCACAGUGUGUGACGAAUCAAUCAUUGGUCGAGCAACUGGCAAGCUGCCGUUGCGUCAUUUUCCUCUUGGUGUGCACUGCCAGGCAAAGCAAGCGCACCGACCAUGAAAUCCGCGAGGGUGAAGUUCUCCGUUCUCCCUGACAGACAGGAGAGGUACACAUGGGGGGAUCCAUGCACCCGUCAUUCAUCUACGUAUCGGUGUGUGUGUCUCUCUUGAACCAUUUCUGUCGCUCACCAACGAAGUCGUCCUUAAUCGGGUCUUGAUCCCACAGAGCCAGGUACCACCACUUUGUACGGCUGAACAUUAUCGGGCCAAGCUGCGGAUCGGCAGGCACAUGUGGGAUGCAUGAAGGGGAGCAAGCGCCAUUGGUUCGUCUUUGUGGUCGUCCAAUCCACCGCCACACCCACCCUGUUGGGCCAUUGUUGAACGAUGGCCUCCUUCCCACUGCCUCUGUGUUCUUCGCCUUUGACGACCGGCAGGCUGUGCGGCGACUCAAGCCUGCACUUGCUCUCCUUCAUCUCGGCCUCACACAGCCUCCCGUAGAAGUCACCCACGCCGACCAGGUCAUCGUCACCCAGCCGGUCCUUGUCACGACAUAUCCUGAAUCCCAACGCAUGCAUGCAUAUCUCCAUAUGUGCCUGUUGAUUUCGUCACUCAGUCGACGGCGUACAUACAUCGGGCCGACUUUGAGGAAAGCUGUCCUGGGCUCGGCCUCCUGUAUGGGGCCUUCCGAUUCGUUCUUCUGCCCGCCGAUCCUCCCCGCGAUGUCCCAUUCGGCUGCAACGGUCUUGUUUAGCUUGGGCUGGGGCUUCUCGCAGCCAGGUGUGUAGCAGAAGGCGUAGUAUCUCGCCCGAUGCCGCCGCACCCAUGGGCGCUGCUUGACAAAGUCGUCGUAGAUGAGGUUUUCGAACUCGACAGACAGGGGGCCGGCCACAUUGUAGCGGACCGUCUUGUGGGGCUCGCGAAAGGGCAGGGGGCACAUCUCUGGUGGGUGCAGUGUGUGUGGGAGAGACACACACAGACAGGCAGGGGAUGCAUAUGUGCUGUCCCGCCGUGGUUCGCUCACUGAUGCAGGUGAAGGGUGUAGUGAGGUAGCCGUUAAAACACUGAGUCUUGAAUGCAGGCCGGUCAUCCCAAGUGGCUUGCUGCGGCUCAGGCAGGUAACCAUUGGCACACCGCACCUCUGUCUCGGCUCCAGGUACCACAAGCCCAUGCAUUAGGGGCAGGGGGUAGCCUUUCUCUGGGUGGUAGUAGUUCUGCUCCCUCCCGUCGGCGUACACCAUCUCAUAACCAAACGGCUCGCACAUCGCUGCGGUGGACAGACAGGAUCACACAAACUCUGCUGUGUCCCGUCCGCUGCUUCCCCCUCCCUCCAUCCCUUGGUUACGGUGGCACUGCAUCUCGGGCUCAGACCAGUGGCCGUUGUUGCAGUGGACCUCUGACGUAUAAGGCGGAUCGAGCACGUUGGUGGCAAAUGUCCACCUGAAACCAAUCACACACGCACGGACAUCAUCAGCAUUGCCCGUAGCACCAAACCAGCAUACAUACUGACUGACUGACCUGCAUUUGAGUCUGUCUGCGGGUGCCUUUCCGCCUUCAGCCGGGUAGACAAAUGAGUCGUUGGUGCAGCAGGAGACCGUCCGUGAGGCGCCGUUCCGCACAGUGCCGGUGUUGUAGACGGUGUCCAUGCCUGUCCCGCUGCGCUCGACAAUCAUGGAGAUGCCGAAGCGGCUGUCGUGGGUGUAGUCCUCCUCAGGCACGUACUCUGGGCAGUUGGCUGUGAGUGAGUGGGGACAAAGCACAUAUGUGCCAACGGGGAUUCUCUGUCUGAAUGUCUCUCUCUCUCUCUCUCUCUAUGGCUGACGUUCACAGAUGAGGAGACGCGUGCUGUAGUCGCCAUCCUCGCAUGUGAUAAACUGCCGGUCAGGCAUACCGGACUGAGUGAACACCAUCGACUGCCCAUCCAUCGAACAUGCCAUCGAGUCACACAAAGACACACCCAUCUUGAUUGACAAUUUCUCUUGACUCUUCCUCCAUCUGUGCUUACGUCUGAGUGCCUGAUGGCGCAUCGUAUCUGAAGUGACUUGCCGGCCGGGAACAGUGAUUCCGUGAGGUGGUCCCGUGGCCGGACGAUCUGAUACCGCGACUGGUUCAUGACGGCGAUGUCAUUCGCCAGCGCCCACUGGACGUAAUCGAUGCACAUCUCUGACGAACACGGUGAAUCGACAGACACAGAGAGACAGACAGACAGACAGACAUGUGUCGCUUCCACCCUCUGUGCGUGUGUGUGUGUGUGUCUGUGUGUGUGUUGCCCCCCCUCAGUGCUCACUUCUGCAUCUCAGUUCCAUCGGCCACCAGUGUCCAUCGUUGCACUCGAUGGUCUCGGGCUCUGAGCCGCUGAUGGGCGAGAAGGUGCGUGCGCAAGACACCGAUAUGACGGUGCCGUGCCGCAGCGACUCGGACCCGCCCUCGAUGGCGUAUUUGGCCAUCGACUCGCCCAUGCCAUCGAAAUACACCUGCAACUCAGGGCAGUCACCUAGACAGGAGACCAAGCAAAAACAGGUUGUUUGUCUGACGGCUCUCGAGCGUGUGUGUGCUGACGUGCGUACGUCUGCACUGUAUGCCGGUGAGUGUCCAGACGCCAUCCUGACAGUCAGUGCUGUCCAUCGGCCGCGAGAGAGUCGACAUGAAUCCCCCUGUGGUGUUGCAAGUGACUAGAAGCCGGUUGCCGUGGAUGUAGAGAGGCAGCGACCUGUUCUUCUCGUCGACUCGGGGCACGUUCUCCCCCGACGGCGGCGUGUUGGCGAGUGAGUCUGAUAUGACGUAGCGGAAUGGCUCCUCGUCUGGGCGGUACAGACGAAGGUCUAUCUGGGCCAGGCACGGACCUGCGCACACACACACAUCCAUCCAUCCAUCCAUAUCUCACUGUCCGUCUUGGUGUCUGUCCGUCUGUGUGGUGCUGUCAUAUACGUGGGCAUGAUAGUGUGGACCGUUCCCACUCGCCGUCGUUGCACCUGACCGUCUCGUUCUCUGGCGCCGGGUGGGGGCAGUACUUGGACUCGCACUUGAGGAUGAAUGCCGUCCCGUGGCGCGAGCAGCUGUCACCACCCGCAUAAAAGGGAGACGCCUUGUCCUUCUGCACACACAACAUACCACCGCCUGUGGUGCCGUGGUGGGGUGUGCCUCGAUCGCCUGCUUGCUUGUCUGAGUUGGUCUUUGGUCAUGCAUGGCCCGGGCGGCUCGCACUUCAUGCGGUUCCCUCUUGUCGGCUUCACAAACGGCGGACACCGACGAUGGCAGAAGUGCUGCAUGUCGGUCCACACAGCGUUGCGGCACUGCACGUCGCACUGGUGCUUGCUGCAGUCCUCCACGUCCCUUGGAAUCCACUCGGGAUCGGUCUCACGCAUGGUCGCCAGAUGCUUCCGCAUCUGUGUCAUGGGGCUGGCAAGGUCAUACUCGCCCUUGCACAUCAGCUUCAUGAACGAGCCGUCGUCGUAGAGCUUCGUUCGGUCGAGCGGCUCGUAGAAGAACCGAUCAAGAGUCUCGUUGAGCGUGUCGGCUCCCCCUCCCCCGCCGACAGAGAAUUGAGGGCCGGGUGCCUGCUCCUCCUCCUCGUCUUUCCCUGGCUCAGACGGACGGCCGCUGAAGAGCACCUCAUACCGCGCUGGGCUUAGCUCCCAGAAGGCGUCGCCGCGACACUGGGCUGCACACAGAGACGAGAAAGCGCCCUCAUCUGUUGAUUUGCUUCUCUGUCUCCUUCGUGCUGUGCUCACGUUUGCACCGGAUGGCCUGUCGCGACCAGGUCCCAUUGAGGCACCGCACCAUGUCUGGCUCGUCGGACUUCCACUCGGGGUCGCUCCAGCCCUCCACACACCUGAUGAACCGCUGGCUAUUGUGGCGGAAGUAGGGCUCCACCGCUCGCAUGGCGGCCUUGGCCUCCGCUGAUGGACUGGCCAUGUAGUUGAAACCCUGCUGGUCGACCUUGAGCUCCUCUGGCGCGAAUGUGGGAACCGGGGAGGAGACAUACAUUUGGGGUGGGCUGAAGGGCGACUGGUAGGGGAGACACCGCUCUGUGCAAAGCAAACACACCAGACGACAGAUGGCUGCGCUGCUGUGUGAGCGUGUGAAUGGUCGGCUGGUCGGUUAGUUACUUCUGCAUUGCAUGGCGAUGUGUUCGAACCGGCCGUUGUCACACGUGAUGGCCUCUACGUGGUCAUAGCCCACAGGGGGCAGCGCAGUGAAACCACUGACGAUCUCGUCGCUGUCUGAAGGGCACGGAGACAUGCGAAUGGUGAAGGGGUGAGGGGGCAGGUGGAAGAGCGUGUUUGCCUUUGCAUUGAAUGUAGGCGGUCUCCCCGUGCGUGUACAAGGCUUUGCUGUCGUCUGAUGGGGGCGCAUACACCACACCAGGCCGGAAGAACCGAGACAGCGGGGCCACACACGGAUCUGCACACACAUCACAUACACCCAGACACCGCAGCCACUGCUGCAUUGUGUUCCACCCACCCCGCCACCCAUCCGUCUAUGGCUGACCUUUGCAAUCGAACUCCCUCGGCGUCCAGUUGCCGUCGAGGCAGCUCAGUGUGGUGCAUUCGUUGCUGCUGAAGGCCGGCUUCCAAGUGGUGCCCCUAUCGUCCCCAUCCGCCCCACAGCUGAUGCUCCGCCACUCGCGCGGCUGCACAUCGGGUGUCUCAUCCUUGGCACACCCGAACUUGACGCAGGACGAGUGGCGGGGAAAGUCGCUCAGAUGGACGCCGAGGGCGAGGGCGGCGGGUGUGGACCCCUGUGGGCGGACGAUGCCCUCACAGGCCCGAUCAUCCGUCAGCUGGGUGGCGUCUUCCAGCUGACGGAAGGCGUACCUCUUGAGGUCGACCACCUCACUAAGAUCGCGACACGUCUCUGCAUACACAGGCAGGGAGGGGCGAUCGUAUGUGUGUCAGCGUGAUGGGCCUCGCUCACUUUUGCAGGUGAGAUAGGGAUCGGGUUCGCUCCAUUUGCCGUUCUGGCAGGCGAUGGUUGCGAUGUCGACGUUCUCCCCGGCCCUGUGUUUGGUUCCCUCUGUGAUGUUGAAGUAGCCCCUUUUGUUUGCGCAUCUCACUCGAAUCCUCUCUUGGUGGUUGUACAGGUCCUUGUACUUGUCCAGCCGCUCAAACGACAAUACCGCUUCGGGUGUGGCCGUGAGCUCGGGGGCCUUGCACUCCCCUGACACAGACACACACACACGCACACACACGAACACCUCCUGCCCCUUUUCCCCCUCUGUCUAUGGAUGUGUGUGGGGUACUUACUUGUGCAGACGAAUGGUGGUGGCACGGGCGUGAAGGUGCCGUUAGAGCAGACAGCCGAGACGAAGCCCGGCUGGGCUGGGGAAGGGGCAGUGUCGUUGACGAGGGAGCACCUGACAGUGACGUGUGUGCCGUGGGGAUACGGGAGGGUGGCGUGGCCUUGGGGCGGCUGGAUGGAGUAGAACGAGGGGUUGCGGAUCUCGUGAAGCGGGUAGUCCUCACACGGAGCUGACACACACACAUCCAUCCAUCCGACCAUGCCAUGAUACACACGUCCAUGGAUGCACCUUUCCAGGGAGCUCUGUGUGUCCCUUCCCCCCCCCUCCCCCCCGACGCCCCACCCACCCAUGCACUCGAAGGGCGCCCCGGUGAUGCGCCCCCGGUCACAUGUGAGGACGUCGGUGCGGUCCACGGCACCCCCGUUGGGCGCCAACUUCUUCCUCUGGCUGCACUGCAAAGUCAGCUGCAUCCCGUGGGGCUGGAAGGGCUGCUGCAGCAGCUCCUGUAUCUUGGCCGCAUCGCUGACGGCCACACUCUCCCAUGGCACGGCGCCGCGCGCAGCGGGGAACGCGGCGGGGUCGAGGGACGAUGCGCGGCGAGUCAUCUUGGGGUAGGUGUAGGCCUCCGUUGGGAAGAGGGGCUGGACGGUGGGGCAGUCAGGUCCGCAGAUAAGGUUCUGUUUGCUCCACUGCCCCUCGUUGCAGACGAUGUCCAUCUCAUCCGGGCCCACGAUCGGGUGGAAGUGCUUGGACGUGGCGCAUGCGAUGGUCACCCUCGUGCCGUGGGGGGACGGGCCACGCAGCACCGACUCGUCGCUGAUGACGUACAUGUCGCUCACCGCCCCUGGUUGGGGCACGCUGUUCUCCGGCCACACGUAGGUCGUUUGGGGCGCCAGGGUCGCCGAGACGUCCUUCAAGGAAAAGGGAGGGCACCCCACUGACACACAGAGACAAAAAGGAAUCGGAGGCAGCCAUGAGAGUGUCUUCCUCAGUGUACGGUGGCAGGCAAUGUGCAAAGGCGUCCAGUGGCCCUCGACGCACGCCAGCUCCUGCUGCUCAUUGGCCGACGCCAGAUUGCCCGUCGUCUUGCUGGGGUCCCUCUGGCACUCGAUCGUCACCUUGAAGCCGUAUCUGAACGAGGCCGCCUUCAAGAGCUCAUCCUGCGGCGGGUGCGUCAUGAAGCGGUCGUCCGCUAGUUUCUGCCAGGGGCCGCAGUCCUCCUUGCAUCUCAAGGUGAGGUCCGUCCACUGCCCGUUGCUGCACACGGUGGUCUGGUGGUCGGGCAUGUUCUCAUCGGCGGAGUGGGAGUUGGCGGCACACCGAACGUUGGCUGUGGUGGAGUGGCGGAAUGGGGGGUGGGGGGGACCGGUGAAUGGCACAUUGUACUCGAGGCUGUACUUGAUCGCCUCCUCUUUCUUGAUCGGCGGGCCGCUCGUGCACAUUGCUGGGCGCACAGAGGGAGGGAGACGGGUGUCGCGUAAAUGUGUGUCUCUGCAAGGGGGCCUGGCCUACUGGAGCAUCUGUAGUCCUGUCGCGUGUACUCGUCUUCAGGCGGCCACGCCCUCCCCGUGCACUUGACCAGCUCCACCUCAGGGUCACCCACCGCACGCGCAAACCCCCCCGUCUCGUUGCAUGUGAUCCGCAUUUGGCCAAGGUAAGGCACCUCGUACUCGGUGGCAUUGACCCCCUCCAGCACGUAGUGAUGCACAUUCUGCCGAAGACGGAACAAUGGGCAGUGGCCUGACACACACACACGCCAGGCACCCACCAUGUUUGCUGGGGCGCGGUGCACGGCUUUGCUUACCGGCGCACUCGAGCAAGAGAGCGGUCCACUCGCCGCCGACGCAGUAGAUGUACUGGAACUUCUGUUGGAAUGCGGCAUUGACGGGCUGCGCGUAGUCGGGCAUGCACAUGACCUUCCGCGAUGCCCCCUCCAUCCUGCCGAUGUCCUGCCCCUCGACCUUGUACCGCACAGCCGAUAUCGGGUGCUCGUAGAAGGGCGGCUCCAGGAUGUCAUGCGGACACAUCUCCUUGCACUGCAAGUCCAUCACGUCCAGUAUGCCGUCGUUGCAGAAGAGCGCCGUCUCGCUUUGCAUCCCCAGUGGCGGGAGGUAGCUGUCGCCGCACUGCAGCUGGGCGCUCUCGCCGUGCCGCAGCUUGGUCGGCCGACGGGGGCUUAGCAGGCGAUAGAGAGGCCGCUGCUCCAACAUCGGUGCUGUUCCACCAAUCCAGCCUAGUGGGGUCACUUGCACACACACAUAUAUAGAGAGAGAAAGAUGACAACAGGGCGAGAUUGGAUGGCGUGUUGUGUGAUUGUUCCGCUCACUGAGGCAAUCCAGAAUCCGUGGCGGGAGCUCCCCGCUCUUAACUGCCCCACACUUGACAAUGUCCGUGUCGACGAAGCCGUGGUAGGUGGCACCCGACUUGGUGGUGGGCAGCCCCUCAUCCCCUGUGGCGCACUUGAGCGUGAGCACACCACCGAAGGGCAUGGAUCGCUCCAGUGCUCUGUAGGUGAAGGGAGACGUGUCACUGGAGCGGCCGAGGUAUGCUUCUGAGGGGGCGCCCUGGCUGGCCAGGGCCUUGAUGUAGGGCGGGCACUUCUCUGGCACACGUGAGACAUCACGAUAUGCAGUCGGGCUGCAUUUUGUGUCUCUGUCUCUCUGUGUGUGUUACUUUUGCAGUUGCACGAGCAGUCGUCUGGCGUCUUUUCGGGGUCGCACUCCUCCGUCUCGGCAUCGACCUCACCAUCGCCACAGCGCUGAACGAGAUCUGACCCACACACACACAGAGACGGCCACAUGAGAGAAUGAAUGUGUGUAGGCAUCAGAUCAGCUCUCUCUUUGCCCACUGAGAAGGUCGGCCGCUUGGUCCGUAGCUCCCUUCAUGUCUUUGACGAGCCGCCCCUGGUUAGUGUAGUGCAUGUACCGCACCCGGCCCCUAAAGCAAUUAUUCUGAAAGUAUUCAGAAAAACACCAAUCUAUUCGGGCAGUUUAUUGCAUCAUAGCUCAGAAGUAUAUCUGAUAAGGCUUUCUUACGCCCCGGUGAUCGCACCCCAGCGACAGGGGGCUCGGCGUCAGCAUGUUCGCCGCGAUUUUGGCCGGCACAGCCACCUCCCCCGCCAGCCUGCCCAUCUUGAAGAUCUGCAGUGUCGACUGCGACAUCACAAAGUGGUAGAGAAACCCAGCGGCCGACCGCCAGCAGACGCGGAUCAUGCCUUUGGGCGGGUCGGGGUCCGUUACAUUGGUGGGCGUGUGAAUGUCGAUCAAACCAAGGUACACCGACUCAGGAUCCACCUCGAUCGUCGUGCCCUCAGCGUCUUGAUGGACGGUGUAUGCGGCCGAUGCGCCCAGCCGGAAGCCCCAGAAGUUGUCGAGAAAGACGACUGGCUGCCCUGGUGGGGGAGGCCGGUCGAACGCCAGGAGAAGGGCGAAGGUGAAUCCCUCGCUUUGGGACUCGGCCCAUCGGUAGCAAACGCGCAAAUGGCCGCUUGGUGGCGUGAUGAGAUACCGACCAGGCCCGAAUCCUGCAUUAAGAUUGACAUUACAUCAUGAGAGCAGUGAGUGCAGGACUUAACUGACUUCACUCACUUGUCCUUACCAAUCCAUGUGACGACACCGCCUGUGUGUGGGUCAUCUCUGCAGCCACAAGGAAACCCGGCACAGCCACGUACGGUACCGAAAUGUCAGUCUGUGUGCAUUGAUAGCAUAUGAGCUUACGACUGGUGCAGCAGCGGCGGAUGGUCCUCUGCAUCAAACACCUGCAUAUUGACGCCCAGCGCCCGGUCCCGCCAGCUCCACGGCAGCCACUUGUCCUCAGCCGAAACCUUCAGCGAUAUCACCUCCGCCCGACGCACAUCGCACUCGGGCACCUUGUCGCCCUUCUCCAGCUCAGCCUCCACCUCCUUCCACCGAUUCUCGCCUAUCUGCGCCCGCAGCACAUCCGAAUCGGACGGCGCCGGCUGCUGCUGCCGUACCAAUUUAUGGCUCUGUAUUGCGCUGAGCCGCCCGACCUCUGCACUGCUGCCUGGGCCGCUUUGCAGUGGCUGGCUGGCCGAUACAGUGAUGAAGACAGCGCAGGUGACGGCGAAGAUGGGGAGCGAAAUGCGCCGGGCCGCCAUGUGAAGGCGGGCGCUGAUGAUUGAAUGCAGGCGCUUCGCGGAAAAAAGGGAAGACAGAC